AACGGCUGUUGGUUGCACUGAACUGAAAUACUGCUUCCCUUCUGCCGUGAGAGGGUUUGCAGAGGAUGUGUUCGCAGGUUUUACGACUUUGUGAAGGAUGUCUGCCUGCGUAAUGACAGGUGUGCUGCACUGUAACACCAUCACUCGUUCGUUCUGUGUUACCUUAGAUGUGCAGGCCGCCUGUCAGGACGCCACUGUCACGCAGGAGCUCCUGAAAGAGGGGUUUCACAGGGACCUGCUGGUGAAGGUAGAACUUGGUGGAGCCAGGGAGGAUGCAGGAGGAUGCGCAGUGGCAGCUAGAACUCGUCUUCCAUCAGGAAUCUACGUGGAUCCCUACGAGCUGGCAUCGCUGCAGCAGCACAAUUUAACAAAGGCAGUGUUAAUUCCUGAUGUCGUUGAUGUGGAGGCUCCCGAGUACUUAGCCACAGAUCUUCUUGUUCUCCUGUACCUGAACCCUGACCCUCGGUGCUCUCGCUGUUUUCAAGCUGCCUUGCCUGUGCACGGGCGGUACCACCGGCCAGCGGAAGAGAGCGAGGAAGUGUUGGUUGUUCUGAAGAGCCCAGAAGUACUGGUCUGCUGCUGUGACAAUCACCUCUCAGCAGAGUGUUGGAAGCCUGCUGAAGUGGAAGCUCCCUGUCCAGGAAAAAAUGUCAGCCCUUGUCAGUGGUACAGCGUAAUGCACAAACCUGCAUAUGAGGAAUCAGUUCUGCAGGUUCCAGUGGGGCUCAGGCAACACAGUUCCUUCGUGUGUGUUGUGACUCUUCUUGUCACGGUGCUCUGUUCCAGUCUGAUUCUUGCAGCUGUGUGCAACAACAGACACUUCUCCCUGUGA